GUUCUGUUAUUACUGUGGACUCAGGCAGUGAUGAAGAUCUUGACUGCUUUAUAACUGGAGUGAGCAUGAAGAAGGAGAACAUCAGCAUGCAAGCCACCAAGCCUGACACCAAUGUGUGAAGUCAGCAGUUGCAAUCAGCUGAAAUUCUAGAACUGAAUAAUGCAUUGUAUAAAGCUAUCUAUUGGAAAUGAUCAGUUUUGUUAUUUAUAUUUUUGAAGUUAGGUCUAUUGAGGUAUGGUUUACAUACAGAAAAACUCACCCUUUUUAGGUAUACAGUUUGAUGAGUUUUGACAAACGUAUAUGGUAUGUAUAUGGACUAGGUACUGUAACCAUCACCACAAAGAUGCAGAAUUUCCAUCAUUGCCAUUUACAUUUUAAAUGGUAUGUCAUAGAUCCUUAGAAAUAUUCUGAUUUUCAAUAUUAUAUGCUGUAGAGCCCUUGAUUGAAAAUAAAUUUAAGAAUAUUCAGUUGGUUUCUUCCUGUCUCUACCAGAUAGAUGUUGAACAAAUAUGUAAAGAAAAUCCAUUUCGAGGUGUCUUCCUGGAGUGCCCACAGAUCUUGGUCCAGUUCCGGGGCCUUCUAUCUGUGGGAUACUGUCAGAAGGGUGGAUUUGGGGAAGAAGGUGAUGUGUUCAGUUUUGGGUAUGCUGAGAUUGAGGGGCCUAUAGGCAGGGCUGAUAUUAAAAACAUUUAACAACCAAGAGAUACAGACAGGGAUUAGUCAGGAUGGCUGCCUGACUGGUUCAAACAGACACCACCAAUAAACAGUUGAUGAGGCUGUACCUGUGUAGACUGACUAAAAAUUAACCCUACCCAUAGGACAUCCAGGUAGGAGAUUGGCACUAUGGAGCCAGAAGUCAGAAGCAAAGUUGGGCUGGUAGAUAGGUAAUAUUCACCCAAUCCUUAGGAAUUAAUUGGCUUGGCAUGAAAGAGAUGUGGAUAAAAACCUGGGGACGAGCAAGGAAGGGAAAUGAGUGAGAAGGAGUGGGCAAACAGGUGAGAAGAGAACCAAAAUCAAAUAGUGUCCCAGGAAUCAAGAAAAGAAUUUUAAGGAUGGAAUGAAUGGUCAACAAGAGAGCAAAGUUCUGUAAACUUGGCAGAUUAAAAGUGGUGAAUAUGAAGGAAAUGGAUGAAUAGAUUUGUGUCUGUAACGGGGGCAGACAAGUUCUCUAGCAGCGUUUUAAGUAGUUUUCUCUCUCAUCAUAAAGGUAUAUCACACUUAUACACUGUGUAGGAAAUAAAGGUGGUGCAUUUCAGCCUUCUGGAACAUCUGACCCAAAUACCUGGGACAGCUGAGAAUGACAGUCCCAGAGGUGUGCCGACAACACCCGCAUUCUGGGUGUCACAGGGAUACUGCUCACUUAAGUGGUGCUGGCUUUGGGCUGCAAAGAGAAGCACCUGGAAGAAACCUCCCCGCCAAGGCUGCCUCUCUGCAUCUGUGCUGCGUGGUGAUUGACUCAGGCUCUGAUGAUGACUACCUCCCUGAGAAAAAGAGACUUAAGAUACAUGACAAAAGUAGCAAAGAUGAGAGUAAGAAACUUUCUGGCACUAGUAAGCAGCUGACCAAUGAGCCUCCAAUAGUUAUCCUUGAUGAUGAAGAUGAUGAUUUGGAGAACCCUGUGGUGACAAAAGAUGGUUCGUGUGAUCAGGGCAAAAUUGUCAAAAAAAAGGAAAAGAAGGAUGAGUUUACUGUUACCCAGCACAAGUUAUCUUCUGUAGCUGGUAAGCAGAAUCUUCUGAAGAAUCGCCGCCAGCUGCCAAAUGAUCGUAAAGCUAAACCAGAGAUUUUAGAUAGAGAGUUGCCAACUAAUGGAAAGCCUAUGCCUGUCGUGGAACAACCAAGGAAAAGGAAAUAUAAAACCAAAAACAUAACUGUGGCACCUGCUGUUAAAGAACGAAAGAAGCGUAAGCCUUCAAAGAAGAAACCCGAGACAGUGAAAUUUGAAAAAUCCAAGCGUGGGAAUUCUCAGUGCAAAAUACCUGGAUGUUUCUUUCAUGGCCUUGAAAACUUAAAGCGGUAUUCUGGAAAGAAUUACAAACAAAAUAAGGAUGAACUGAUUCAGAAAAUCUACAGUCUGCUUAACAGCUCUGUCUUUGAUCAAAAGAUGCCGGAGAAAAUUGACAUUGACUGGAGCAAAAAGAUGCUGAGAAGUGCUGGCUUAUGCACCACUGGCAAGCUUCGAUACCCUAAGAGACAGCGUUAUGCUAAGAUUCGGAUUUCUCUGAAAGUCUGUGACUCUGCAGACCGACUCCGAGACACUUUGAUCCAUGAGGUAUGCCAUGCAGCCUCCUGGCUGCUCGAUGGCAUCCGUGAUUCUCAUGGUGACAUGUGGAGGUAUUAUGCCCGAAAAUCGAAUAUGGUGCACCCGGAGUUGCCCAAGGUCACCCGUUGCCAUAACUACAAGAUUAACUACAAGAUUUAUUACGAGUGUACUCAGUGCAAAUCCAGGGUCGGGCGCUACAGCAGAUCAUUGGAUACCACCCGCUUCAUGUGUGCCAAGUGCACAGGUUCUCUGGUCUUGUUGCCACUAACUCGGAAGGAUGGAACCCCCAUUCAGCCCCAUGUGAGGCCAUUUGCCAAAUAUGUACAGGAGAAUUACAGAAAAGUUAAGAAGGAGACAGAAGGGAUAAGUCAUGGGGAUGUGAUGAGAAAGCUCAGCAAGGAUUUUAUUGCCAAAAAACAAAGUCAGGGUCUUUGAGGUUAUCUGAGAAUGUAUCUGUGUGAGAUGAGUCAUCUUUGGCUUCAUCUGUUAGUAAGGGUUUUAGAAAGAUAUAUUUGAUGCUAUGAAGCUAUGAAUAUUAGAAUUUAAAUUCUUUGAAAAAAGCUUCCUGUUGUUAAUGAUGAUUGUUCUUCACCAAGGGUUCUGUUGCUACCCAUUUUGUGCUGAUACUCAAAAGCCCUUUGGAUCUACCUUGGAUCUUACUUAUAUACUAUUCUUAACAUGUAGAGCAAAAUGCAAACUUGUAGAACAAAAUGCAAAACAUGUAGAAUGGAAUGCAAACAUGUAGAACAAAAUGCAAACAUGUGGAACAAAAUGCAAAAGAGAAAUGAGUUUUUGAGAGUGGCCGGUUGAGAGAAGGAAAGAGAUGCUCUAAAGAGAACAUGUUUUAAAGGCAGUACUUCAAAACCAAGGCUUCUGUCUGAUGGAACCUGUUACACCUACAUGGAAAUAAGAGAAAUGUGCUUCACGAAGUGAGUUGCUUUUGAUAUUGUAUGAAGUCAUCUGAGCCAGUGUAUUUGUUUAUAAAAUAAAAAAGAAGCCACCUAAGCAAUGUGAUUGUUCAUAGAAUAAAAAUAAAGUGUUUUCUGCAGUUCA